AUGGCGUCAUACAAAGAAAGAUCAGAAUCACACACUUCCCCUGUUGCUAGGAGACUUUUCUCCAUCAUGGAGGAAAAGAAGUCUAACCUUUGUGCAUCAUUGGAUAUUACUGAAACUGAAAAGCUUCUCUCUAUUUUGGACACUAUUGGUCCUUACAUCUGUCUAGUUAAAACACACAUCGAUAUUGUUUCUGAUUUUACGUAUGAAGGAACUGUGUUGCCUUUGAAGGAGCUUGCCAAGAAACAUAAUUUUAUGAUUUUUGAAGAUAGAAAAUUUGCUGAUAUUGGUAACACUGUUAAAAAUCAAUAUAAAUCUGGUGUCUUCCGUAUUGCCGAAUGGGCUGACAUCACUAAUGCACAUGGUGUAACGGGUGCAGGUAUUGUUUCUGGCUUGAAGGAGGCAGCCCAAGAAACAACCAGUGAACCUAGAGGUUUGCUAAUGCUUGCUGAGUUAUCAUCAAAGGGUUCUUUAGCAUAUGGUGAAUAUACAGAAAAAACAGUAGAAAUUGCUAAAUCUGAUAAAGAGUUUGUCAUUGGUUUUAUUGCGCAACACGAUAUGGGCGGUAGAGAAGAAGGUUUUGACUGGAUCAUUAUGACUCCAGGGGUUGGUUUAGAUGACAAAGGUGAUGCACUUGGUCAACAAUAUAGAACUGUUGAUGAAGUUGUAAAGACUGGAACGGAUAUCAUAAUUGUUGGUAGAGGUUUGUACGGUCAAGGAAGAGAUCCUAUAGAGCAAGCUAAAAGAUACCAACAAGCUGGUUGGAAUGCUUAUUUAAACAGAUUUAAAUGA